CAGAACAAAUCAACACACAGAGAAGGCGAAAAAGAGAAAAGAGGAGAAGAUCUGUAGAAAGAGAUCGAAGAUGGCUGCGGAAGAAGGAAACGUGAUCGCUUGUCACACCGUCGAGUCAUGGAACGAGCAACUCCAGAAGGGCAAUGACUCCAAAACUCUUGUGGUGGUUGAUUUCACGGCUUCUUGGUGUGGACCAUGUCGUUUCAUAGCUCCAUUCUUUGCUGAUCUAGCUAAGAAACUCCCCAAUGUGAUUUUUCUCAAGGUUGAUAUUGACGAAUUGAAGUCAGUCGCAAGUGAUUGGGCGAUUGAAGCGAUGCCAACAUUCAUGUUCAUGAAGGAAGGGAAGAUUGUGGACAAAGUUGUUGGGGCCAAGAAAGAUGAGCUUCAGUCUACCAUUACCAAACACUUGGCUUAAUUAAAGCUUUCUUUUGCUUUUUUUACAAGUCCUUUAUGUCUUAAGAUGUUGGAUUAAUUAAUUGUUUCACUAGUAUUAAGAGAUGUUAGAACUUCAAUCCCCUUUUAUUAUGAUUCCGGUCUCAU